UCGAUUACCACUGGCGCCAGCAGUAAUUUUACCGUCGCCAUCUUAUUACAGGCGUACAUAACCAAAUGCAAACUCUCACAUGGCAGUUGUUUUGUUUUUUUAAUGUCUAGCGUUUCUUUUUCACAGUGAGUUUUACCUUUCUGCUUGAAACAAUUUUUUUAGCAUCAAAACGUUUUUGUUUGUUUGUUUUUUCAAACUGUUAUGAGCAUGAGUGAGCUAAGUAUUGAUAAUGAAAUUUUAAUUGCUUUAGUCCAAGAAAGGCCUGUUUUAUGGGAUAAAACUCUAGAUAUAUUUAAAGACAAAAACGCUACCAGAAACGCGUGGCAUGAAGUUUGUCUGGAAAUUUAUAGCGACUUUGAUGAACUGGAAGAAAAAAAAAGAAAUGAACUUGGUAAAGAAGUGACGAAACGGUGGAAGCAUUUGCGUGACGCCUUCGCCAAGGCUGAAAAAAGGGCAAACGAAAGUAGAGCUAGUGGCUCAAAAACUACCAAGAAAAGAAAAUACAUAUUUUCUGAUGAACUGCAGUUUUUAAAAAAAUUAUACGAUAAAACAGAGACUACUCAGAGUUUUUUAAUAAAUGAUGAAAAUAAAGAUGAAACAGAUGGUUCUUGUCAACAGCCUUUUAAGCACUCGCAGCAUGAAGAAUUAAUAACUGAAACAAAAGGAAAAGCUAUUUGCAAUACAGUACCGCGAAAGAAAUUUAAGAAAUCAGAUGAAGUAAAUUUAAAGGCAUUGGUGAAAACAGAGGAAGUAAAUUUAAAGGCAUUGGAGAAAAACGAUGAAGUAAAUUUAAAGGCAUUGGAGAAAAAUGAUGAAGUAAAUUUAAAGGCAUUGGAGAAAAAUGAUGAAGUAAAUUUAAAGGCAUUGGAGAAAACAGCACCAGAGAAACUGAACGCCCAAAUGUCCUUCUUCCACAGCCUGUUGUCCCAUACAGAAAAUUUUAAUAGUGAUGAAUGGCUUCAAUUCCAAAUUGAAGUUCUUCAGAUCAUUUCUAAUAUAAAAAAUCAAAAAGCUGCAGUCCCUUACUAUACUGCACAAUCCAAUGAGUUUCAGCAACAGUAUCAACCAGCCAUAUACCAUCUCCAACCACAUUCCUUUUCACAGCCAUUUCAACAACCUUUCACUACUCAAAAUGCACUGCUAUCUCAAUCAAGGCAGAAUCGUUCAACGAGUACAACUCUGGAUUCACUCCAUCCACAUCAAGAACCAUCAACAUCGAUCCCGAAGAAAAAUAAAAUAACAGCAGCUGAAUACUACGGACGUUUUAAUAAGUAUGCUGCCGAAGAAAAUGGUGAAAGAAGUUCAGUAGAUUCUGACGAUUCAUCGAGCACAACAGACAUUAAUUUCUAAUUAUAUAUUUAUGGAUAUAAUGCGUAUCUAAGUAUC